GCGCGCUUUCGGCUUUCCGGGAAAAGGCGGCGGCUGCUGGGAAGGGACCGAGCCGGCGUCGGUGGCACCUCCAAGCCUCCGGACUGGGACACACUGAGAGCAGUACCGGGAGCCGCACGGACCCCCUGGGACUCCCCGGCAGCAACGGCGAGAAGAGCCGGGAGCAACCGGGCGCGGCACCGGGACCCACCAGGACCAAAGCAAGACCCACCAGGACCCAGCGGUCCCCUUGUCCCCGAUGUUGUCCCCCCCCAUACGCCGGCUCCUGACCCUGCUGGGCCCCGAGCGCGGGCGCUGGACGCUGGUGGGAGGGCUGAUGUCGGCUUCUGCUCUCGGUGAGGUGGCUGCCCCCUACUUCACGGGCCGUGUCACCGACCGGGUGGCGCAGGAGGACGCAACAGCGGCCGUGUGGCCCCUUGUGCUGGUGGGGCUCGGCAGUGCCAUCACCGAGCUGGCCUGUGACAGCAUGGCAGCUGUGGCGCUGACACGGGCGCGGGACCGGCUCCAGCGCGGUGCGGUGGCCGCGGUGCUCCGCGGGGACGUGCCCGGGCCGGGGGGCAGCCUGGGGGACACGCCAGGCGCGGUGGCCGCGCGGGUGACAGGGGACGCCGAGGCGGCGCACUCAGCACUGGGCGAUGUGCUGGUGCCGGGGCUGUGGGCAUUGGCUCGGGCUGUGUCACUGCUGGCCGUGGUGGCCUGGCUGUCCCCAGUGCUGGGCCUGCUCACCCUCCUGGCACUGCCCCUCUUCCUGCUGCUACCACGCGCCGUCGGGCGCAUCCAACAGGACCUGGCACGGCAGGUGAGGGCAGCGCAGGCCAGCACCACGGCGGUGGCCCUGGAGUCCCUGGGGGCCAUGGGGACCGUCCGGGCCUUCGGGCACGAGGCCGGUGUCACCAAGCGUGUCCAGCAGUGCCUCGCCCAGGGACACCAGCUGGAGCAGAAGGAGGCGCUGGCCUACGCGGCCGGGCUCUGGGCCAGCGGGUUUCCUGCACUGGUCCUGAAGCUGGCACUGCUCUUCUUGGGGGGACGCUUGGUGUCUGCGGGGACUGUCACCCGUGGGGAGCUGGUCACCAUCCUCAUGUGCCAGCUGCACUUCACCAAGGCUGUGGAGGCCAUGCUCCAGUACGUCCCGAUCCUGGCCAAGGCCAUUGGCUCCUCUGAGACACUCCUGGAACUGCUGGAGCAGGCCAGGACAGUGACACUCGCAGGGCCACCGUCACCUGUUACCCCCCGGGGCCAUGAGACCACAUGGACUCGAGGCCUGUGCCUCAAGGAUGUCUGGAUGUCAUACCCGGGGCGGCCCGAGCCAGUCCUCAAGGGGGUGUCGCUGUCGCUGCGCCCGGGGGAGGUUGUGGCGGUGCUGGCGCCCCCUGGCGGCGGGAAGAGCUCCCUGGUGGCGGCCGCGCUGGGGCUGCGCCCCCUGGCGGGCGGGGCGGUGCUGCUCAACGGGAUUCCCCUGACCCCUCGCUCGGACCCUGCUCUGCGGGAACAGGUGGCUGGUGUCCUGCAGUGCCCGUCGCUCUUGUCUCGCUCCCUCAGCGCCAACAUCACGCUGGGCUGGGGACACAAGGAGGGGACACAGGUGAUGGCAGCGACGCGGCGGGUGGGGGUGCACGCUUGGGCCAAACAGCUGCCGCACGGCUACGACACAGAGGUGGGCCCACGGGGGAUGCAGCUUUCAGGGGGACAGGCACAAGGGGUGGCGCUGGCCAGGGCCCUGCUUAGGAACCCUCAAGUGCUGGUGCUGGAUGAGCCCACGCGGGCACUCGACCCCAUGACCCGGCGCCAGGUAGGUCACAGCCCUGUCCCUGUGUCCCGUGGCCCCAUCCUCCAGGUCCCCUGGGUCCCCAUGUCCUCUGGGUCCUCACUCACUGUGUCCCCUGGGUCCCCAGUCCUCAUGUCCCCCAUAUGCCCUUGUGUCCCCUGGGUUGCCACUCCCCAUGUCCCCUUGGUUGCUGCCCCCCAUGUCCCCUGGGGUCUCCUAGGUGACCAAAUUCCCUGUGUCCCUGCCCCUGUGUCCCUUUGGAUUCUAUGUAUCCCCUAGAUCCCUUCCUUGUCCCCAUGUUCUCUGGGCUCCUGUUCCCCAUGUCCUUUGGGAGCCCAAUCCUUGUGUCCCCCAUGUGUCCUGUGUCCCCAGGGUCCCCGAGUGCCCUGUAUCCCCUCUGUUCCCACUCCCUGUGUCCCCUUGGUUGCUGCCCCCCAUGUCUCCUGGGGUCUUUUGUGCCAGGUCCCCUGGGUCCCCUGGGCCACCAUAUCCCCCAGGACCCCGCCCCUGUGUCCCCUCGGUCCCAAUGUCCCCACCUACCCUGGCUCCCCACAUCCUCAUAUCACCUGGGUCCUUGUCCCACAGGACCCCAAUCCUCGAGUCCCCUUGGUCCCGAUGUCCUCUGGGUCCACAUGUCCCCACUCCGCAGGUCCCUCACUGUGCUCUCCACCCCGGGUCCCCUGACACCCCCAUGUCCCCCGUGUCCUCACGUGCCCUGACCCUGCCGUGUCCCCGCAGGUGGAGCAGGAGCUGCUGUGUCCCGGGACAGGGGAGGGGCCGGCAGUGCUGCUGGUGACAGGGCGGGUGGCCCUGGCCCAGCAGGCGCCG